GCAUUUGUGUCGCUGGAUACGAGAAUGGGAGCAGGAACGAAAUUCUCCAGCUUCUUCUGCCUCCGAGGCUGCUUGCAAAACAGAAUAAGGGUUUAUGUCCGGAGAGAGAUUUCAAGGUCGAAAGGGGUGGAAUCUGUGAUCGGCCCAUCUACAGACUCAAACAUGUCCCAGGAACCAGUUUGUUGGUAACCAGCGGGCCCCCGGACAGCGGACUUCAGAUUUGGCGAAUGGAACCAGAUGAAACAGAUAUGAUUAAGCUACUGAGUGUCAUCUCUCCCACCAAGGCAGAAGAUACUUCCUGGUCCAAAAUUGCAACCAGCUGUGCCAAACCGGCUUGCGUCCUCCACGGGCAAAGAAUCUGCAAUCUCCAAAUGACGGAAAUUGAAUCAGAGAAAAGUCCUUGGGUGGCUGCCUCUGCCAGCCCUGACAAAAUUGCCAGUCUGGACUUCCUGGAUGAAGCCACCGCCGUGGUGUGUGGUGCCAAAGGGCAGCUGUUCCUUGUGGACUUCCGGCAACAGCAGGGGAUUCUGGGAGCGCUCGAGGAGGCUCGGACCCCUUGGGCCCCGACGGAGGGGCUGAGCUGGUGUGCAGGAGUUGGCUCUGGAGAAACUCCACUGAUUGCCCGUCUCUCCUCGGGCGGCCUUGUUGUGUUGACGGACAUCAGGCACCCUUCCCACCCCCUGAAAAUGGCCCAAUGCUGCGUCCCCAUCCCUAAUCUCUCUGGGGCAGACUUCCUGUCCAUCAGCUUGGCUCCUGUAUUGGGCGACAACCUGGCGGUGUCAGCGACAUGGGUUGGAGGAGCCUACAUCAACGGCACGGCUGAAAUUGUCUACCACCCUUCCAGAGGACUAGUGUGGGUUCAGGCUCCAGUUGGCUUUGCUUUGUCUCUCCUUGUUGGUAAAGAUUUUAAAAGAUUCUAA